UGUUGUUGUGAUCUAAGACUGGUUCAUCCCGGCUCAGAGCUGCUGGAGCAGCAUGUGGCCCCCGGGAGCCGGGGCCCAAGAUAUUCGGGCGGAGCCGAUGCUGUAACAAGGUCUGAGCACAAUACCUCAGCCAUCCUCGGAAUGCCCUUAAGUGUCACUUGUCAUCCAAUCAAGGGGGCAUCUGAACCCCUGCUAGGCACCAGGUAUGGCUGUGGAGGAGCCUUGUUUCCAGCCUGGGGGCAUUACACCGCUACAGCAGAUUCUGGCCUCUGGUACAGGAGCUCUCAUUACCUCUUUCUUUGUUACACCACUGGAUGUAGUAAAGAUAAGACUGCAGGCACAGAGAAAGCCCUUCUCUAAAGCGUUGUCUAUAAAGUCUCUACCUUGGACACCUACCCUGCGCCACCCCAAAUGGCGUUGCUUUCUGUACUGCAAUGGACUGAUGGAUCACUUGUUUGUGUGCCAACAUGCCACUGCUUGCAGCACUUUGUACCGAACCCCCACACACUUCCACGGCACAGUGGAUGCAUUUGUGAAGAUCACACGCCAUGAAGGGUUAAAAUCUUUAUGGAGCGGGCUCCCACCCACACUGGUUAUGGCCAUACCUGCCACAAUUAUAUACUUCACAUGCUACGACCAGCUGCGAGAUUUCAUGAGAUACCAACUUGGAUACCAGGGUAGCCACAUACCUCUCAUUGCUGGAGCACUUGCUCGAUUGGGAGCAGUCACAGUUAUCAGCCCUCUGGAGUUGAUCCGAACUAAACAACAGUCUCGCCAGCUGUCUUACAUAGAGCUGAGUGCUUGUCUGCGCUCUGCAGUCUCUCAGGAUGGGUGGCGCUCUCUUUGGAAGGGUUGGGGACCAACUGUGUUAAGAGAUGUCCCAUUUUCUGCUCUGUACUGGUUUAAUUACGAGUUGCUGAAAAGCAGACUGAAUGAAUCCUGUAGUGCCCUAGAGGCGCCAUUCCUGACUAGCUUUACUGCAGGAGCAGUUUCUGGAACUGUCGCUGCUAUUCUCACUUUGCCUUUUGAUGUGGUGAAGACGCAGAGGCAGAUAGAACUUGGUGACAUAGAGACAGGUGUUUCCAGAAAGCAGAGGUCUACAACCUGGGGAGCCAUGCGCAGGAUCAAAGCAGAGUCUGGAACCAGGGGAUUAUUUGCAGGGUUUCUCCCUCGCGUUAUUAAGGUGGCCCCAGCCUGUGCUAUCAUGAUUAGCUCUUAUGAAUUUGGAAAGAACUUCUUCCAACAACAGAACAUGGAGAAGGUGCAGAACCAGUGAUUUAUAACAAACAGAGAAUUGGUCGAGCUAUGCGAUCUGUACUACAAGGUAGUCAUGGUAAAUGCUGUGCUCUAAAACUAGCUGGUCUGGAUUGUGAUGUAGCUAAUAGCACUAAAGAAAAAAAGCUUUGAGUCCUAGCUCUAGAAAACUUCAAUAGGACAUUCUGCCAGUCAAUCACCGAUUUUAUAGAAAUCAGCAAUCACCUGUAAUUCAAACCACGGAACUCCAGAUUUAAAAAAAUAAAUAAAUACAAAUUUAUAAAUAUAUAAUAUAUAUAAUUCAGAAAAUGUGGCUGAUAAAUAUAUGGGACCAACUUUAGACAUUGGACAUUUUGUAUAUAAGAAACGUAGGAAGCUCUUCUAAUGGCAGUCAAUAAAUCCAGAAAUGUUCUGACUAUAAUCAAGGGGACAAAGUGCUCUGGGAAAGACUUUUCAAUCAAUAUAAACCCAAACAAUCCAGAGCUAAUGCACAGUCACCUGUGAUCAUGUAAGUUGAGCAUGCCACAUAAAUCCAGUAAAUGUGCUCUAGAAAAAAUACUAGAGCAAAUCUUACAUUUGGAAGCCCCACCAAGAGAUCAUUGAGCCCACAAACCACUGAUUACAGCACCCUACAAAAAAGUGUUUUGGAGCACAGAGAUGCCGAAGUUUGCAGUACCGUGUUUGCCGGGGGUUUAACACAGAACAGAUAAGAGUGAAGAAGCCUUUAUUACUCAGCUGCUCAUAACAGCACCAAAUGGUGUAUACGGAGCAAAGUGAUUUCAGAGCUGAAGUUAACAAAAAAUAAAACAAUCUCCAAACUCCGAAUCCAAGCGCUUCUCACCACAACAUUCCCACGCUCAAGCAUGUAAACUCUUUCUUCAUAGAGGACUUCUAUGCUUAGGAUCUGACCUGAAGUCAAGCUGGAACUGCAUGUGUGUUAUGCUGUCUUGUCCUACAAGUGCCUAUUCUCCCUCCCCUUUUUUUUUUUUUUUUUUUUUUUUUUUAAAUAUAAUAAGUAGCAAACCUACUGACUGUACCUUGAUUCUCGUCUAACCAAAGAGAACAAGAGCAGUAGAUUCUAUGGGAUGGCUAAAAUGAGUUGUAUGUAGACUGUUCAAAUGCUGGAGCAGAUAUGUAGAAAAUCUUAGUACGGUGUUUUGUACAAUACCACUUUCAUAUAAAACAAUAUUAUGAAUUAUUGGAUUUAAAGGUGCAAUCCUACUGGACUGCAAAUACAUAAUACAUACAUAGUGUAUUUGUUUAUAUGUUGCUGCUAAAUAAGUGUGUGGGGGGGUUUCGUGUAACAGGUGCUGUACCUGUGUCCUUUUUGUCAAGUUGUAGCAUCACCAGUACAGCACUUACUCAGUAGGGAGAAGUAUUUGCCAGUGAACUCUCUUCUUAAUAAACAUACAGUAGCAUCAGAAAAAGGGAGCAGUUUUAGAAGCUACUGACAGUCCAGCCUAUUCCUUGGGAUUGCACCUAUAAAACUUGUAAAACUUAAAAUAUUUAAAUGCUAACAUUAAAUCCCAUCUGGCAAAUGAACAGGAUAACUGCAGAACAGCAGUUUGUGGGGUUUUCUUUUUCUCUAUGCUGUAGCUCAUGGAGCAUUACAGGGAUUGAUAAAUGUUUUAUAAAGAAAUGCUCUUAUUUAUUGUACAGUGAAAGCUCAAAAAAGCACUCUAAUGGAUGUGCAGACAGGUCUGCAAAAGAUGAGGUCCACAGGAGUGACACAUAAAAGUGUGAUACGACAAAUAGAAAAUAUUUCACAGAGGUGAAUCAAAGAGUUGUGCAUCUAUGUAGUAUGUGUUUUUUUCUUCAGGUAUAUUUAUAGGUCUGUGUUUGUUGUUGAUACCAGUAAUUGCCUUAGUAAUGCAUGGGUUGUUUUUGUUUGUUAGGUUUCUCUAAAAAGUAAAAAAAAAAAAACAGAACAGAAAACUGACAUCAUAAUAUUUAAUGAUGUCACAAUCUGACAAAGCAUUUGUAGAAAAGUGUAAUAUGCAAACAGUCGCUUUUAAAGUCUCCAAAUAAAUGUUCACAAAGUGAACAAUAAAAAUGA